UGUUAGAGCCUGUUGAGAAGUACUCAUUUGGAAAGGGUGAAGAUUGUGACUGCAUUCUCCCAGCUGACGCCUUUUCCAGUGCAUCGCUUGCAGUCAUUUCUAAGAAACACUUCAUCAUCCACAAGCAACUUUGCAGUGCAGAUGUGGAUGACUUCGAUGUAGUUCUUCAAGAUAUCAGUUCUAAUGGAACUCUUGUCAAUGGCAAUAAAGUCGGCAAAAACAAGUUCCGCGUAUUGCAGUCCAAUGAUGAAAUUUCCUUAGCUACGAACUCCAUAAAAGUGUUCAUGUUUGUGUCUGCGAAGUCGACCUCUAGCAGUGUGCAUUCGGAUGUGGCCGACAAAUACCUCGUGUCCAAACUACUCGGAAAAGGCGCGUGUGGGGAUGUGUUUCUUGUGUUCCUCGAGGCAGAUUUCUCCCGUCAAUUCGCCAUGAAAAUAGUGGACAAGAAGUCCUUCACUAGUACAAUCAUAGCACCCUCAGCAACUACAAGUGGGGUGCUGCGCAGCUCUGCCAAUGACGUCUUGAGCGAGGUCAACAUUCUCAAGCAGUUGCAGCAUCCUUGUAUCAUACAUGUGCAUGAAGUAUUUGACUACCCGGAUCGACUAUAUCUCGUUCUUGAGAGAGCGAUUGGUGGUGAGUUAUUUGACAGAGUUGUGAAGAAGGAUGGAUUGGAUGAGUUCACUGCGAAGCUCUACUUCUAUCAAAUGCUACUGGCAAUAGAGUACCUGCACUCAAAGAACGUCGUGCAUAGAGAUUUGAAGCCGGAAAAUAUUCUGCUGGCAAGUGAGGCGGACAUGACCCUGAUUAAAGUGACAGACUUCGGUUUGUCGAAACUGGUGGGGGAGCAGUCGCUGAUGAAGACACUUUGUGGCACCCCCAACUACCUUGCCCCCGAGAUAAUCAAGACAUCGGGCAUGGGACACUACAAUAGCAAGGUCGACUCGUGGAGUCUUGGUGUCAUCCUCUUCAUCAUGUUGGCCGCCUACCCGCCCUUCUCAGAUGAUUACAAUGACAUGCCACUGGUUGAGCAGAUCAAGAAGGCUCGCUUCUCCUUUGCCGACCAUGCAUGGAAGUCAGUCAGCAAAGAAGCAAAGAAUCUGAUCAGCAAAAUGAUCGUUGUCAACGCUGCGAAGAGAUUCAACUGCACACAGGCACUCCGGCACAAUUGGCUCAAAGAUGAAGUAAUGGUUAAGCAAGUCGAAGAAUUGAUGAAGAAAGACAUCGAUACAAGGGAUGCGACAGCUAAAAAGCCUUCAUCAGAAGAUGUGAAUGCAAGUGUUAUGCAAAAUAUAUCACAUGAGAGCGAGGCGGACUUGCUGAAUAAUACGGUGCAACUGAAGAACUCGUGUAAAGAAAACGCUGACCUCACUGUAGGAAAUGUAUCAGAGAAGGACAUAGUGUGGAAGUUAGAGGAAGAUUCUUCAGAAUCGUGUUCAGGUGCCAAGAAAGCAAAAGUCGAUAAGCUAAAUUGAACUUAUGCAAGCUGAACAAAUGAUCACAUUCUUAAUUGAUUUUGUUUUGGUAUUAUAUUCCAACUGUCAAAGAAAAUUAACCAUUUUUGUAAAUCGUCA